UUUUGUUUUUUGUUUUUUGUUUUUCUGGUUUGCUGACAGACAGUAUUCUACAGAAGCAACUUUUCUGGUACUCCGUUUUUUGUUUGGUGUAAAAAAAGCUUUAAGAAGACCAGAGGACCAUCCAUUCCAUUCAAUUUUUCCCCACAGUACUCUGAAGCUUCUCAAGACGGGAACCAGACCCAUCUUUUUACAAGAGAAAAAUUUACUCGGACUUGUCUUGAUCGUGAUCUCUGCUCCCGGUGAAGUUUCUUGUGUUCGGAAAUUUGCUUUGGAGAAACGUUUUUCUGAAAACUAUUUUGUGGGUUUGACUCGACACUGCAUUCUUCUGUCCCGCUGGCAAUUUUUGUGCCGAGAAAGAUUGGUUAGGAAAAAUGGGUACAGAGAAAAAAGAGUCGAUUUUUCACAAGGGGCUUGAGAGACUCUGCCUCGAUAAUGGAUGGUCUUAUGGUGUUUUUUGGCGUUUCGAUCAGCGGAAUUCUUUAUUAUUGACUAUGGAAGAUGCCUACUAUGAAGAGCAAAUGGGGGUCUUUGUAGACAACAUGCUGCUCCGAGUCCACAUGCUCGGCAAUGGCGCUGUUGGCCAAGCUGCUUUCAAUAAGAGGCACCGGUGGAUGUUCUCAGAUGCUCAUUUUGGAGGACAGAUUCCUUUAGGUUCUAUAGAGAAUCAGGAUUUAUUCCAGGACAAUUCUGAUAUUCACUGCCAAUUUUCCUCUGGAAUAGAGACAAUUGCGGUUAUCUCUGUGGAACCACACGGGGUGGUACAGUUCGGGUCUACCAAUAAGAUUCCAGAGACGAUGCAAUUUGUGGAUCAGACGAGACGAGUGUUUCGGGGCAUUGAAAAUGGUGAUACAUUUGUUUUACCAGAAAACAUGCCUUCAUCUUCAAACAGUGGAAAUUGUGGCCUGAAUGGAUUGUUUGCUUCCUUAAUAUCAUCUGGAAAUCCCGUUGUUGGAAAUCCUAGACAUAUGCAUGUUGCCAACUCUAGAGACUAUAUGGAAAAAACUUCUACUUCAACAGACCUUCCAAGGCUAUCCCCAUUCAAUUCGUCUCAUCGAAUGAUGAACUCUUCGAAUCGUGGAAACCAACUGCAUAUGGUUAGCACAUCAACUCCACUCAAGCUAAGUAAUGAGUCUAAUACUUGGUUACAGGAGCCACUUGCACACUCCACUUGUUUUACUCCCUCAGGGGCUCCAUCCCCUUGCAUUAGUACAUGGAGUAGUGGUCAGUCUACUCUUACUUCAAUUGAGCAACAACUUCCAUCUCAAAGCAGGCUUCUGGGUGAUUGCAUAGCAGCUCUAAAAAAACCUUUCCCAGUAGAUAAUUUCUCCCCGCAGAUACUUUCCUCACCAGAGCAGAGAGUUGCAGUGGAAGUUUCAUCGGUAUCAUCAAGUCUGAAUGAAGCUGAUGUUUUUGGAAACAUUCCGUUUAAUCAUCCAUCAAAUACUGUGCAAAGCUCUGUCACAAAUACAUUUACCUCUGGUGCUAUUGAAAAUGACCUGUUUGAAAGUUUGGGAGUGGAUAUCGAAUUUAUACAGGCAGAGGGUUUCUUAGAUGACAUUCUGAUGCCGGGAGGGAGUGGUGGUGUCCUUGAUUUCGGUGCAGAUACUUCAGAAUGUAUCUCAGAGCAACGUGUUAAUGCUGCGGUGGGACCUCAGGAAACGUUAUUUUCCAAAUUAGGACUAGAUCAGUUUUUGGAUGGUAUUGCCUGUAGUUCUAAUUCAAUUGCCAGUACUAGUUUUGAGGAUGAAUUAUCUUCUGGAAGUAAAAGGAAAACAAGAAGUUGCUCACUUGGUGGUGGAAACAUGAUGGCGACAGUUUCAAAAUCAGAGACAGGUUCGUGGGUUGGGGACAGCUAUAGCAUCACUUAUGGAUCAAAACAUAGAAGGCCUGAAGAAUCUGUGAAGGUUGGUAGAAAAAAGGCCCGACCGGGGUCUCGACCAAAGCCCAAGGACCGCCAGCAGAUUCAAGAUCGUAUCGCAGAGCUGAGAAAACUCAUUCCUAAUGGCUUGAAGAUGAGCAUUGAUACUUUGUUGGCUCAAACCAUCAAGCACAUGCUUUUCUUGCAAAGUGUGACAAACCAUGCAGAAAAUUUAAAACAGGCUGAGGAGCGAAAGGUGAAUGAACCAGUACUCAGAGAGAACUCCUGCAGUAGUGGUUAUAAUGUUAUGUGGGCAACUGAAGUUGGGGCUCAGACAAUGGUGGAUCCAGUGGAUGUUAAGGACCUUAGGAUCCCCGGGCAAAAGCUAAUACAGAUGCUUUGUGAAGAAAAGGGAUUUUUCCUUGAGAUUGUUGACAUAAUUCAAGGUUUUGGCUUAACCAUCUUGAAGGGAGUGAUGGAAGUUCGAAAGGACAAGAUAUGGGCAUGCUUUAUUGUCGAGGCUGAGGCAAAGAGGCAUGUGACGAAACAGCAAAUAUAUUUGUCCCUACAUCAGCUUCUCUAUCAGAAAGCCUCAAGUGAUCAGAUUACUGUAACUGAUCAACUUGCUAAUGUUCUAAACCAAGGGACUGCUAUGUUCAACAAUUACCAUCAACCUCCAGCGGCACUCCCCACUAGCUUUGCUGGCUUGGAAGAGACUCGGAUACAUGAUUGAUGAUUGGUGUUUAUGUAACUUGAAGUGCCACGACAAUACAAAUAUCAAAGUCGAAGGCGAGGAAACCUUGGAAAUGUGAAGUGAAUGUAUGUAGUAGUAGUACUUUUGUGAACAGUUGUGUCAACAGAAAUAGGCUGAAUCAUUCAACUGGUGUGGGCUACGAUUGAUCGGAAAAGUGGAAGUAGAAAUAGGUUAUUUGUUUACAUUUGAUCUCAAUUGUAGAAAUAGACAUGGUUAAGGGGAAAAUAGUUUCAUUUGUUUGUGUGUUUUUACUUUUGCUCUGCUUGUUGCUUUGUGGAUCCUCCUGCCUAAACUUGUUCAUACUCGUAGCACAUAAAUGUUGUUAUUUUAUUUACACGAUAAUGAUA